AUGCUAUUGCUACCAAGCACAUCAUACUCACUUUAUCAAGAGCUAAGAAAUCCUAUCAAAACAGCCACUUUUGUGUCUGAAAGUUUUGAAUUGCGACCAGGAACAGUUGCAUCAAAAACGUUAAUGAAUAUUGAGUUUCCAAAAGGUCAUAUCGGAAUUAAGAGUUUCGAUGCUGAACUUGUUGAUCAAGAAGGGAAUUCUAUACCUUUGUAUGAAGCUUAUCUUCAUCAUUGGUUUGCUAUAAAAUACUUUGAAAAUACUACCAUGGCACACAAUCCUAAGCUUCAUCACAGUCUUCUUGAUGGUUUCAUUUACAAGAGAAAUGACGGCACAUGCAAUGACUUUUUACUUCCACAUUAUUGGGGCUUUGGAAGUGAAUCACGAGGAACAACUUCAAACAUUCCAGAUCCUUUUGCCGUAGAACUGGGUAACCCUACACAAAUUCCAAAUGGGUAUGAAGAGAAAUGGUUGUUUAGCAUCAUGGUCAUUGAUACACGCGGUACACAAGAUAGGAAAGGUUGCAGUGAAUGUAGAUGUGACCUUUUUAAUCUUCCAAAUGACUUUUAUAAUGUAACAAAGGACAUUCAUGGUCAACCAUUGACCACAGAUUAUAAAGGAGGACUCUUUUGCUGUCAAGACAACCUAACAUGCAAACUAAAAGAGGGUUUUCAAGGUCCAAAGAGAAAUCUUUCUUUAAGAUACAAAAUAAGAUGGGUUGAAUGGGACAAAUACCAAGUACCUCUUAAGGUCUAUAUACUUGAUUCAACUGAUAAAAUGAGAUCAAAUGGUUCUCACACAAUUCAUGAUUGUCAGGCAGAGUACACCAUUUUGCCGAAUGGUAGUAGUGACUCUCUUCAUGUCCAAAAGGCAAAAAUCAAAAUGGAGAAGGGUGGUUAUCUCAUCUAUGGCACUACUCAUAUGCAUACAGUUGUUGUGAAUGCAACUCUAUAUGGGCAGGAUGGAAGGACUUUAUGUACUUCAACACCAAAAUAUGGAACAGGAAAGGAACCAGGAAAUGAAAAUGGUUAUGCUGUUGGAAUGUCUGUUUGUUAUCCGCAACCAGGUUCUAUCAAAAUUAAUGAUGGUGAAACUUUGACCAUAGAAUCUAGAUAUAGAAACGAGUUUCUUACUGGAGCUAUGGGACAUUUCUACAUUUAUUUGGCAGAGAGACUACAUGAGGAUAUUAAAAAUUCAAUGUAA